CCACGUCGGAGCUGGACCCGAAUUUACGCGCACAUUUACGCCACGAUCUGAGAUCUAAAGCGGGGACAGGUUGGUGUGAUCGGGGUGAUCCACCGUGGACGACUUUACCGCCCGGGAGGGACCGUAGCAACUCCACUGUCUGUCGGCCACUCGGUGACUCUGUGGCGGGAGGCUGGAGAGGAGAGGCGGAGGAGAACCGCGGUGUAACAUGGAUAUCGGAGACACGUACAGCAGCUAUAGAGAUUGUCUGGGAAAUACGCAGAGCACUGAAAGGACAGAGCCCGGAUUCUACACACCUGUGAUUGGAUGUGAGCUUGUAUUGACCCGAGGCCAUUAAAAUGGAGUUGCUAUGGAAACUAAUAAUGCUGGUAUCGCUGGUGCAGUGCCUGUCUGGGAGCGGGGUCCUCCAGAGGCCCUCCUUCACCAAGCAGCCCGGUAGCGUGGUCUUCCCGUUCCGCUCUGCAGAGGGCCGCAGAGAGGUGGUGUUCAGCUGCGAGGCCCAGGGCCACCCAGCGCCCUACUACAGGUGGAGGCUGAACGACUCCUUCAUCAUCCCCACGCUGGGGUCCCGCUACUCACUGGUGGGGGGGAACCUCCACAUCAGCCACCUGAACAAGGAGGAGGACGUGGGCAUCUACCAGUGUCUCGCCAGCAACUCCUUCGGGACCAUCGUCAGCCGGGAGGCCAGCCUGCACAUGGCCUACCUGGAGAACUUCAAGACCCAGAGACGGAGUCCGGUGCGGGUGCGAGAGGGCCAGGGUGUGGUGCUGCUUUGUGGUCCGCCACUCUACUCUGGAGAGCUCACCUUCUCCUGGAUCUUCAACGAGUACCCCACCUUCGUGGUCCAGGACACGCGGCGCUUCGUGUCCCAGAAGACGGGGAACCUGUACAUCGCCAAGGUGGAGCCCCUGGACGUGGGGAACUACACCUGCGUGGUGACCAACACCGUCACCAAGAGCAGCGUGCAGGGGCCGCCCGCGCCGCUGGUGCUGAGGGCCGACGGAGUGAUGGGCGAGUAUGAGCCCAAAAUCGAGGUGCAGUUCCCCGACAUCGUCCCCGUGGCCAAGAGCUCCACGGUGCGGCUGGAGUGUUUCGCGCUCGGAAACCCCGUGCCUAGCGUGAGCUGGCGGCGGCUGGACGGCACGGCGUUCGGCCGCAAGGUGGACGUGAACAAGGCGAGCGGCGUGCUUGAGAUCCCCUACUUCCAGCCCGAGGACGCCGGCGUCUACGAGUGCCUCGCCGAGAACUCCCGCGGACGCAACUCGGCCAAGGGGAAGCUGGCCUUCUACGCUCCCCCCCAGCUGCUGGAGAAGCCCCAGGACGCCCAGAAGCCGAUCGACGACACCCUGAUCUGGGAGUGCAAGGCCAGCGCCAAACCCAAGCCCUCGUACCGCUGGCUGAAGAACGGGGAGCCACUGGACCCCAUGGAGGACAGAGUCCAGGUGAACAACGGGUUGAUGACCAUCAACAGUCUGAAGCUGUCUGACAUCGGGAUGUACCAAUGCGUCGCC